AUGGGGCGCAUAACAAAUUUCUUUGGGGGGCCUCAAACGGCUACCAGACGAAGAAACAACCAGGCUGCCAUUCUGACAGACGAACCAAUCUUGGAACUUGUCCUAGAUCCAGUUCGACCAUCUAGGCAAAGGCCUGGUGAGAGAAACCAGGAAGUUCCUGAAGAACAGCCUAGGGUAGUUAUGGUUAAUAGGGAGCAAAAUGCAGAUGAAGUAAUACACAGGGUUAUAAGAGACAAUAUGGCGACAGAAAAUAACUUAACAACCCUAAUCGAAAGGAUUAUGGCUAAUAAUGGCCUUAAUACUGGACUACAACGUCUAAACUACACUUCCCCUGUAACAGACUAUAUUUUGCAAACUGAAUUACCUAGAGGUACCAAAGUGCCCAAGUUUACUAAAUUUUCAAGGGAUACUAGUGAGUCAACCGUGGAACACAUAGCUCGAUAUUUAACAGGGGCAGGCGACUUAGCAAAUAGUGAGAACUUAAGGAUUAAAUAUUUCCCUAGUUCAUUAACAAAAAAUGCUUUUACGUGGUUCACCACCUUACCUCCAAAUUCUAUAGAUACUUAG